AUGGGCUGUACAGGGUCCAAGCAAGAGCGGCAAGGCCACUGGCGGAGCCCGGUGCCUCUGGUCCGAUGCCACACCAUGCCGGUGCACCACGCGGCCCUCUGGAAGCGUGACAGCUGCCACGUCGUCUCCCUCAUGUCCACCACUCUCGGGUCCCUCCGCCUCGACCCGGUCGACCAUGAUCGCCACCACUGGGGAUGCCGGUUCUGCAGCGAUGACGACGAGGGAAAUGAUCCGAUGAAGAAGACGCUGAGAGACAGGAAAUCUGGUGAUUUCUUGGCGGAGGAGCUGAAGGCCAAGGGACGGUCGGAGACGAUCAAGGAAAGGGUUCCUCCGCCGAGGACACCCACCGAGACACCACGCAGGGAUCCGGAAAUUAUCGACGCAUGGGAGAUGAUGUCCGGAUUGGAGAACGCCAGCCCGCUCUAUCAGUUUUCCGCCACCGGUGGCCCCCCAGUGGAGCGAUCUUUCUCAUUCCAUUCCCUCCAGGACGCCCGUAGAGACGUAAAAUUGAAGGUGCAAACGAAAAAGCUUUUCAAUGGGUCCAUCUCGCCGGAGCCGAUGUGGAUGAAGAUGGACAUCGACGGCGGCGGAGACUCUAUCAUCACAGAAUUCGACCCUGAGGCCAUUUCGUCCUUCAGGGAGGCCAUGGAGAAGACCUCUGAUCUCACCUCGGGAGAGAAUCAGAGAACAGAGGACCCCAGAAAGAGCUUGGAUCUGACUGGCACCGUCAGAUCCAGGAUCAUUGCCUUCCAGGAGAAAAUAAACGCCAAGAAGGUUCGCGCCGCCGUCAAGCCCAAGCUCCCAGCUGGGGGGGAGGGUAAGGUGGUCUUCUACUUUACCAGCCUUCGCGGGGUGCGGAGGACCUUCGAGGACUGCUGCGUCGUAAGGGUGAUCCUCCGAGGCUACGCCGUCCGCGUCGACGAGAGGGACGUGUCGAUGCACGGCGGUUUCAAGGAGGAGCUCGUCUCCCUCCUCGGGCCCCGCUGCGGCGGCUGCAAGCUACCGAGGGUGUUCGCUAACGGCAGGUACCUGGGAGGGGUAGAAGAGAUCCGGCAGCUGCACGAUGCGGGAGAGCUAGGGGAGGCGUUGGAGGGCUGCGAGGAGGUGGUGAGGGGGAAGGACGACUCCUGCCAUGGCUGCGGCGGCGUCAGGUUCGUCCCCUGCGAGGGCUGCUCUGGCAGCUGUAAGGUCUACGUGGAGGAGGAGGACGCGACGGAAUACAGCGGGUUCCGGCGGUGCCCCGAGUGCAACGAGAAUGGGCUGGUCCGUUGCCCAGUCUGUUGUGCUGGGCAACCUCCGAUCGAUCGGGCGAUAAAUGUUCGACAUUUGGCCUUGGGGGUUUCUGGCUCUACCCCCAUAGCCACUGUACAGCAAAGAAGAAUAGAGAGAUGA